AUGCCGGAACAGAGCAACGACUACCGGGUGGCCGUGUUCGGGGCAGGUGGCGUAGGGAAGAGCUCGCUGGUCUUGAGGUUUGUGAAAGGCACGUUCCGCGAGAGCUACAUCCCCACGGUGGAGGACACCUACCGGCAGGUGAUCAGCUGUGACAAGAGCAUCUGCACGCUGCAGAUCACGGACACCACGGGCAGCCACCAGUUCCCGGCCAUGCAGCGGCUGUCCAUCUCCAAGGGCCACGCCUUCAUCCUGGUCUACUCCAUCACCAGCCGGCAGUCGCUGGAAGAGCUCAAGCCCAUCUACGAGCAAAUCUGCGAGAUCAAAGGGGACGUGGACAGCAUCCCCAUCAUGCUGGUGGGCAACAAGUGUGACGAGAGCCCCAGCCGCGAGGUGGAGAGCGGCGAGGCCGAGGCCCUGGCCCGCAGGUGGAAGUGCGCCUUCAUGGAGACCUCGGCCAAGCUCAACCACAACGUGAAGGAGCUCUUCCAGGAGCUGCUCAACCUGGAGAAGCGCAGGACCGUGAGCCUCCAGAUCGACGGCAAGAAGAGCAAGCAGCAGAAGAGGAAGGAAAAACUCAAGGGCAAAUGCGUGCUCAUGUGA